AUAGAGGAGUGUGUGCCGCACACACAGGGGAGGGAACGUGUGACGUAACACAGUUUUAGAGCGACAAGUAGCACCUGAACCUGAGACAAAGCAGCACACAGGGUGAGUUUCACUGUGGUGAAAUAGCGUUUAUUAUGGUUCAGCGGAGAAACUGAUCAGCUUUACUUUUUUUUUUACAUUCAAGGGGAAAAGGCAGCCGAAGACCAUGAAACACACUCCUGCUUUUUAUCUGUAAGGACUGACAAGAAGCCAUCAGGUCUGCCAGCAACAGUAAGAUAGUCCUACCUGAUGCACUUUGGACAGCUCCCGGCUGUGUAGAACUAGCGUGACUUUUUCCCAAAGGGGGUGAGUGAAAGUGGAGCCAGUGUGUUUAGGAUUGCUGGUGAUGGUCUCUUCGUCCCUCCCCUGUGAAUGGUGGAACCUCUGAAACUCAGGAUCUGUUCCCAGAGACACAGACUUCUGCAGUCAUGUCAAACUCCCAAGAACAAAGUCUGAAUGAGAAUGUGGUUUUCCUGCCGGUGGAUGUGUCCUGCCCGGAGUUCCUCUACUGUGAGGAGGAGCGGGAAGCAGUGGAGAGACUCCUGAACGGAGGACCCGAGGCCUUCUACAGCUCUGUUGGCCUGAAGAGCACUGGCUGCUUCUUAUCUCCUGAAGAGGUCGGCCAGAUAACCAGCUGGGCUCAGAACUAUCAUUUAAACCCGCCGCCGGUCGAAGAGGAGAGUGGCGUGCAAAAUGGCUCAGAGAUGGAGGAUUUCUGUUCCACCUACUUCCCCAAAUAUUCCGAUGUGCCGCCGCCGGGCCUGGAACUGGGCUGGCCUGUGCCCCCCCGCUCCGGGCUGAAAGCGAGCGUGUCCGUGCACACCAGUCCCCCUGCAGAGGGAGAGCCGCCUGUCAGGGAGAUAAUCAGACGCCACUUGCAGAAGGCCAGAAAAGUGAUUGCCAUAGUGACCGACGGCCUGACAGACAGCGCAGUGAUCGGUGAUUUGCAUAAUGCUGCAUCUCGUAGUGUCCCUGUCUACAUCAUCCUCAAUCAGAGGUCCUUCCAGGAGAAUUUCACCCUGAGCCGGCUGAGGCAUCCGAACAUGAGGGUCAGAAUUCUUGGAGGCAAAACAUUUUGCUCAAGGAGUGGAAGAAUGGUGGUAGGAGAACUAAAAGACAACUUCCUUCUGGUGGAUUUAGAGUCAGUGAUUCAUGGCAGCUAUAGUCUGACGUGGACGGACGCCCACCUGCACCGGCAGCUGGUCACUGUUUUGACAGGACCAGCCGUUGACCUGUUCGACAAGGAGUUCAGAAUCCUUUUUGCUGCUUCAGUCCCGGCCUCUGAACCACUCAGAGCUGCCGAAACUAACGGAAACGAGCCUCUUCAGCUCAGAUACUUCUCACAUCUCAGGUCUCAUGAACAGCUCAGAGUGGAGCCUGAGAUUACCACCCCGUCUUCGCCACCCACAGACAGCGUCCUGGAUUGGGAUGCGAUGGGUGUUGUUCAGGGGGAGUAUUGCCAGCCUGCCAGUGCUCUCGAGCUACAUGAGAAAGUUAUGGCCAAUGAAAUGAUUCCCCAGCACAGUUGCGAUGACAACAGACCCAGACCCAGUAUGGACAGAUUUACUCACAGAGAGCAGCAGCUCGAGGAACAGAGGAGCAACACAGAACACUUGUCCAGAAACCCACCAGCAACAGAGAGAGUGAAAAGGCCAGUGCAUUCCACUGCAAGGCAACUAUCUACUGAGAGAAACAGAAAUCUACAGGACAUAACUAGAGCAAGGUUAAAUGACAAAGCACCAGACCCAGUGCACUUGUCAUGUUCAACUAUGAAAUGGCAACCCUCAAACUUAACACAAGGUAUGAAGGAGGACAGAGAAAAAGAGGAAGAAAGCACCAAAGCCAAUAACUCCCCAAAUCACAGAAGGCCAAUAAUCUUGAGGAUUCCACAACCCGACAGCUGCAGCUCCGUGAGUGACAUCAUGAAGAGGUUUCCACAGAGGACGUCAGGCCUCCUCAGGACGGAGCAGAACUCUACAAUGUCAGAGCGGACCCAGUCCAUGCUGGACCUGAGCAAGCAGAGCCUGGCUGAAGAUCCCGGUGACAGAUCGGUUCCAGUGCCAAGGUUUCAAGCCAGUCAUGACCGCAUGACGCCUGCUUUAGCCCUGAUGAAGAAAAGAAACGACGAAUUAAAAUCUUCUCUCUUCAGAACUUCUCAAAUCUUCGCACCCAAAGAAACGACGCACAGUUCGGAUUAUGUCCCUAAAACGGACUGGAGGAGGCUGCUGGCAAAGAGGGAAGGAGAAUAUGAGUGACAGGGAGGAUGAGAAUGUUACAGAGGAAGUGCAAGAGGGAAUGUCUGCUGUGCCAAAUUCCCACAUCACUAUCUCUAAAAAACCCUAUUACAUCACGCUUUACAUAAUCUUUGAACAAUGUUGAAGUUUCUGUGUUCAUGCAAACGAGUAGUUACAAAACUAUUUUAAGACAAUUGUCUGUGUGAAAGUAUUUCGAUUUGAAAACAUUUGUAAUAAAACAGUAAUUAAGAGCAAAUUCACA